UCUCUUCCAACCACUCACCGCCAAAACCAAUUUAUUUCCUCACAAGUCACAAGCCAACAAACAUCUCAAUCUCCAAUCCCAACAGGAAAUUUUCUCUCUAAAAUGGCACCCAAGGCCGAGAAGAAGCCCGCGGAGAAGAAGCCGGCCGCCGAGAAGGCCCCUGCGGCGGAGAAGAAGCCCAAGGCUGGGAAGAAGCUGCCGAAGGACGCCGCCGCCAGCGACAAGAAGAAGAAGAGGAACAAGAAGAGCGUGGAGACGUACAAGAUCUACAUCUUCAAGGUGCUGAAGCAGGUCCACCCUGACAUCGGUAUCUCCAGCAAGGCGAUGGGGAUCAUGAACAGCUUCAUCAACGACAUCUUCGAGAAGCUUCUAGCGCAGGAGUCGUCGAAGCUGGCGCGAUACAACAAGAAGCCGACUAUCACCUCCCGUGAAAUCCAGACCGCCGUGAGGCUGGUGCUGCCUGGAGAGCUGGCGAAGCACGCCGUUUCUGAAGGGACCAAGGCCGUUACCAAAUUCACUAGCUCUUAAAUUGAAUGAUUUGUUAGGGUUUCAAUUGAAUGAUUCAGUUAGGGUUUCUGUCUGCCUAAAGAAAUAAUACUCCUUCCGCUUAUAUUUAUUUAAGAAAAAACUCUCUUUUACGUUAAUAUAAAUAUAUUACUU